AUGACAUCGGCGGUUGCAACGGAUCAGGGCAGCGAAGAACCGAGAACAUGGAAAUGGUUCAGCACCAAGCGAGUCCCUUCACCGUCAAAUGUGGCGCAAGGGGCGCAGAAACAAGCGACGUGGAAGUUCGGACCUGGAAAGAUGUCACCGUUGUCACCGGUAAACUCACGGCACGUGAACAGUACAGAGUUGGCCCCAACGGACAUGUCUCAAGCACUUGGGCAGAGUCGGGAGGGACAGGAUAUCUUGGAGGUCGUUCAGGAUAAUUCAGCAGACGAGGCAGAUGGUGUGCAUUCUUUUGCCAUGACUUGGAUGCAAGCGGACAAUAAAUUUUCUGCCCUGCAGCCAGCGAGUAGUGAUGAGAGCACUGUGGCGCCCACGAAAGAGCACUUGGCACAGCCAACGCCGCACAAGGUAGGUUAUAUUGAGAUUGGACUGUUGGGCGCUGAUGAUGAUUGCGAAGCUCCUCGGAUUCAUUUGGCAUUUCAAGAGGUGUCGAUUGGCACAAGUGAAAAGGUCGCCGCAUUCCAAGCAGCGCAGUACAUGGAGAAUGCAUUGGAAGUAGAGGAUGUAGGCCCACGUACAUGGACGAAGCCGCGAGUGGCGCCGCCGGAGGUUUGGUAUACGAUUUCAGACGACGUCACCACGGAUGCGCCCAUUCACAUUCAUAACCGUCGCCGGUUGCGGAAAACGUCGCUACGAAACAUGUCAAAAACGGAAAAAGCGGUUAUUAGCCGCAUUGAUCGGUUGAAGAUGUGUGACAGCAAUGGGCAAACUGGUGCCACCCAAAACAACUUUGAACGCGCUAUGGAUUUGGCACCAGCAUACAAACUAACC